UGUAAUGACUUGAAAACAACCCUUCUCUCUCUUAGCCGCCGUGUAUCACAGUCAUGGUGAAGUCUUACCUUCGAUACGAUUCCGCGGCUGCGUUUGGAGUGAUCGUAUCCGUUGAUUCCAACAUCACCUUCGACACCUCCGGAAAACAUCUCCUUGCUCCGGCCCUCGACAAAGUCGGUGUUUGGCAAGUUCGCAAGUGUGAAUGUGUGAAAACCCUAACGCCGUCUUACUUCUCUAAAGGCCCCUCCCUCGCCGUUACUUCAAUUGCUGCAUCACCCUCUGCUUUGAUAGCUAGUGGAUAUGCUGAUGGUAGCAUAAGAAUUUGGGAUAGUGAGAAAGGGACAUGCGAGACCACAUUGAAUGGACAUAAAGGAGCUGUCAGUGCCCUUCGAUAUAACAAGGUCGGAUCUUUGCUUGCCUCUGGAAGCAAAGAUAAUGAUAUUAUUAUAUGGGAUGUGGUUGGGGAAACUGGGCUUUUUCGUCUUAGAGGGCAUCGUGACCAGGUGACUGACAUAGUUUUCUUGGAUGCUGGUAAAAAGCUUGUUAGUGCCUCCAAGGAUAAGUUCUUGAGGGUUUGGGAUAUUGAUACUCAGUAUUGUAUGCAGAUCAUUAGUGGUCAUCAUAGUGAAAUUUGGUCAAUAGACACAGAUCCAGAAGAGAGAUACCUGGUGACUGGUUCUGCAGAUCCAGAACUUAGAUUUUACAACAUAAGGCAUGACCAGAAUCAGGAACAAGAUGGUGAAGCUAAAGGUGAUGGGGAUAAUUCAACUACGAACAAAUGGGAUAUCUUGACGCUGUUUGGUGAGAUCCAGAGGCAAUGCAAGGAUAGAGUUGCUACGGUGAGGUUCAAUAAAUCUGCGAAUCUUCUUGCUUGUCAAGUUGCAGGAAAGACGGUAGAGUUAUUUCGAGUUUUAGAUGAAGUUGAGUCUAAACGUAAAGCAAAAAGGAGGAUUAGUAGGAAGAAAGAAAAGAAAUCUUCCAAAGGGGCGGUUAAUGAAGUUGUUGAAGAUGGAAACACCACUCUUGGUGCUGGGAUAACUGUCUCUGAUACUUUUAAACUUCUUCAGACUGUACGAGUUAGCAAAAAGAUAACAUCAAUGGCAUUCUCUCCAAUAACUCCGAAAAACUCACUUGGCUUGUUGGCAUUGUCAUUAAACAACAAUUUGAUAGAAACAUAUUCCAUUGAGAAUAGUUCAGCAACUAAGACUUUUACUUUAGAGCUCCAGGGUCAUCGUGCUGAUGUCAGAAGUCUUGCACUUAGCUCUGAUAACACUGUCUUGAUGUCAACUAGUCACAAUGCUGUGAAGUUCUGGAAUCCAAGUAAAGGUUCUUGCCUUGGAACUGUUGAUUCAGGUUAUGGCCUAUGUUCACUGUUUGUUCCUGGCAACAAAUAUGCAGUUGUUGGUACAAAAUCUGGAAAUAUAGAAGUUAUUGAUGUUGGAAGUUAUACUUGUAUCCAAGUGGUGGAAGCACACGGUGGCUCUGUUCAAUCAAUUGCUGCACUUCCAGAUGGUAGUGGUUUUGUCAGUGGAAGUGCAGAUCAUGAUGUGAAGUUUUGGGAUUAUGAGAUUACGCAAAAGUCAAAUGAAGGUUCUAAGCAUCUCACACUCUCGCAUUCAAGGAGUAUGAAAAUGAAUGAUGAUGUACUUGUUGUUGCUGUUAGCCCGGAUUCCAAAUAUAUUGCUGUUGCUCUCCUAGAUUGCACGAUGAAGGUCUUCUUUUUGGACUCGCUCAAAUUUUUCCUCUCACUAUAUGGCCACAAGUUGCCUGUAUUAUGUAUGGAUAUUUCAUCAGAUGGUGACCUGAUGGUUAGCGGCUCAGCCGACAAGAACUUGAAAAUAUGGGGUUUGGACUUUGGUGAUUGCCAUAAAUCAAUUUUUGCCCAUGGUGACAGUGUUAUGGCUGUGAAAUUUGUGGGCAAUACCCACUACUUAUUCAGUGUUGGGAAGGAUCGGUUGGUGAAGUACUGGGAUGCUGACAAGUUUGAGUUGCUUUUAACUCUUGAAGGUCACCACGCCGAGAUUUGGUGCCUUUCUGUAAGCAACCGUGGUGAUUUUAUCGUCACUGGUUCUCAUGAUCGUUCAAUACGCAGAUGGGACCGUACAGAAGAGCCUUUCUUCCUGGAGGAAGAGAAGGAGAAAAGAUUGGAACAGAUGUUUGAGUCUGAUCUUGACAACAAUGCAUCUGAAAACAAGUAUGCACCCAAGGAAGAAAUUCCUGAAGUGGGAGCUGUGGCUUUAGCUGGCAAAAGAACUCAGGAAACACUUACGGCAACUGAUUCGAUUAUAGAAGCAUUAGACAUGUCCGAGGCUGAAUUGAAGCGUAUUUCCGAGCACGAGGAAGAGAAAUCAAGAGGAAGAGAUGUGGCUUUCCCACCCAAUAUUCUUAUGCUUGGGCUCUCCCCAUCUGAUUAUGUUCUUCGGUCAAUAACCAAUGUUCACGCUAAUGAUCUAGAGCAGACACUCUUGGCUAUACCAUUUUCGGAUGCUUUGAAGCUCUUAUCAUACUUGAAGGAAUGGGUCUCCAAUGCUGACAAAGUCGAGCUUGUUUGUAGGGUUGCAACAGUUCUUCUUCAGUUGCACCAUCACCAGCUAGUCAGUACCGCAGCUGCCAGACCUGUUUUAACUCUUCUCAAGGAUAUUCUUCAUUCACGAGUCAGGGAAUGCAAGGACACUCUUGGCUUCAACCUUGCAGCAAUGGAUCAUCUCCAACAAUUGAUGGCUUCUAGAUCAGAUGCUCCCUUCCGAGAUGUGAAAGCAAAGUUGUUGGAAAUAAGAUCACAGCUUUCACAGCGGGUAGAAUCAAGGGUGGAGUCGAAAGAAAAGAGGAAGAAGAAGAAGAAACAAAAGACAGAUGAUGGCCAUGUUUGGAAGUAAUCAUUUUUUUUGUGGUGUAUAUUAUUUCUACGCCAAUAUUGUAUUAUUUAUUUAAAUUUCAACUUCAUAGAUAUUGUUAUGGAGAUUUUUGAUCUCUUAAAAUUAGAGUAAACAGUUUUGAA